CGUUCGGGCGAUUCUUCCGUGUUACCCACGCAGGGCUUCUUCGUCACAGUAUACGUGCUUAUGAGGUCACAGAGACUCUGUCAGGAGAUAUAAAACCUCUUCAAUCUGCUACAUGAAGCCAGUGAGCUUCAUCUUCGAGUGGAGACAAACGCGACAAUAAAAGAGCAGAAAAUGGUGAAGAUAACCUUCCAGGCAGUUUCGGCGCCGAAGGCCGACAAAGACAACGAGGAAGACCACAUCGUUAUACCUCAGGCUCACGAUCAGCAGACUCUUCCAGUCAAGGGCAAGAAGCACUUCCCAACACGACUGUGCUCUCUAAUAUGUGGCGUGGUGGUCCUCAUCGUAGGAUUGACGCUAGCUUCCAUCUAUGCCUACCGUGACUACUAUUAUCCUCAGCUCGCAGCAGGAAGAGACUUCUUCCACUGUCGGGUGGUCUUCGAGGACACGGUGUACGCACCCCUUCGGGGAAGACAGGAGUUGGAGGAGAACGUGGGCAUCUACUUGGAUGAAAACUACGAGCAGAUCAGCGUUCCCGUGCCGUACUUUGGAGGCUGCGACCCGGCUGACAUCAUCCACGACUUUGAGAGGGGCCUGACUGCUUAUUAUGACAUUGCACUGGACAGCUGCUACAUCACUGAGCUAAAUACAACCAUGGUGAUGCGCCCAAGGAACCUAUGGGAGCUGCUUGUCAAUCUCAAGGUAGGGGCGUACCUCCCUCAUACGUACCUGGUCCGGGAGGAGAUGGUGGUGACGGGCCGGGUGAGGAACAUGAGACAGCUGGGCCCUUACAUCCACAGGCUGUGUUACAGCAAAGACACGUACCGCCUCAGACGCCGCAGCCAGCAUCAACGCGUGGAGCGGCGUGAUACGAAGAAGUGCCAAAGCAUUCGCCACUUUGAGAAUCCUUAUGUGGUGGAAACGAGGAUCUGCAACAGAUUCUAAGCGGACAGGCCAGCACGGAAGUGACUUUCCAACCAUACCUCUUGAAUACCACUUUUAACUGCACUUUACGACUUAUUGAACUUAUUUGCUUUCAUGUUCUGUUUUUAAUUUUAAUACUCUGUAUUUUUAUGAUGUUAUAUGUUCAGAUAUUUGUGUAGCCUGUCCCGUUGUGCAGAACUUAAUGUGAUUUUAUUUAGGAAUAUGUUAUAAAAUGGCAAACACAUACCUCAUGUAGAUUAGACGUAAGUCAUGAAUUAUGUACAGUAUGACUUCUGAUUGUUACCAAGCAAUAUAUAUGAUAUAUAUAUAAAUUUUUAAGAGUUAUUUGUUUUAUGGCAAGCAUAGUUUACUGGUGUAUAGUUUGUCUCCUUGGAUAUAAAUGGCUUUAGACUGUAAGCAAAAGAGUUUUAGCAUCAGAGGUAACCAAAGUGUGCGCCCAGCAGUUUGAUAUGGAGAAUAUCCUAGAAUGUAGAUGAUAUCCAAAAUCACUUGACUUCAACACAUUGCGUUAUUAUAAAUACACUUUUUGAUUUAUGCCUAUAAUUUGUUACUGUCUUCAACAUCCCAUGCUCAUAUAUCUAUGUAUUGUAUUCUACUGUACAGUCAAUCCUUGUAAUAUUGCUGCUUUAAGAAUAAACAAUUAAACUACA